GGAAAAAUCAAAAUGGCGGCCGACACUGGCCUUUAUAGACUAAACUGACUAAACUGUGUUGUGUUGACGGCUUUUGAACAUACACAUUGAAAGAAAUGCCUCGUGGUGUAAAAGCUGAACGUCCUCCUCCUGCUGAGUCAGUUGAGGUAAGAGAGUAAAAUAAUGUCAAGACGUAAAAAUACAUAAAUAGAGUUAGCAUUGUAGCAUGAACCUAGUUUGAUAACCCUUGGCUCCAACGAGUCUUCUCACUCUUCUGUGGUUGAGCGGUAGAUAAUCUAGACUAGUAUGAAGAACCAGACGGUCAUUUUUUCGAAUCCCAUUGAGAGAAUUCUAUCUGUUUGAUAAGCUCGUAUGGAUGAUUGAGGUCUUUCUAUCGGAAGAUUACAGGUUCAAACCCUGGCUGGACCACCAACCAGGGUCUUUGAAAAACUGGUAAUAUAAUUCUGGAUGUGAUCAAAGAUUUGGUCUCAGAUGAUGGCAAAUCUUGGACAGUGAUAUUAAACUGUUCAUCUUAUCUCCUUUAUGCUUUCCAAUUGGUAUUAAAGGGUGGUUGAAGGAGACAAGACCAAUGGAAGGGGAAAUUAGGGAACCCAUGCUGCUGUUCAAGUGCAUGGGUGUAGACCCUGGUGGUGUUGCCAAUAGGGAGUUUAAGCAAUGAAGUUUUUGAGUGACGCACGUCAACUGGAAGUGGCCUUUUUUCCAAUCUUGGGGCGUCAUUUUGACCAAAUUUUCAAGCGAAUUGUCUCUAUGAGAGAAAAGACACUUAAGAAUGCAAAUUUGGUCGUGUUAAGGCAUAUUAAAAGGGAAAAUCCUUCACCUCCGGUGACUUAUGUUCCUCAAAAAUGUCUUUGCUUAAGCUCUGGGACCUUUCUUAUGGUCCAGACUAACAAAACAGGAAAGUGACAAGAACAGCUUGUGUGCUUUUCAACUUUGUACAAAGAAAAGAGAUUUAAGAAAUUUAAUUUUACAUGGGGAUAUAAAGAUUGUCAUUUAUGCAAUAAUAAUAAUAAUAAUAAUCAACUUUAUUUAACAAGGGUAAAAAGGCACAGUACUUCAACUGAAUAACUAGUGGCCCUGAAUUAAUCACUUGUGCUAUUUUUUAAUCAUUAUUAAUAUUAAUUAUUAUUUAUAAUGUUAAUUGUUAUACAGUACCACUCAAAAGUACAGUUUUUAGGCCAUCACAUUUUACAAGAAUCGUGUCCUGCGCUACAGGAAUUGCGUAGCAUGUGACGUGAUUCGCGUCUUGCGAGGGUGGUAACUUACUUUUGAGCAGUACUAGGGAACUAUGUUACUAGGGAACCAUAAUCUUUUUAAGUUCCUUUUUAUAACCUUUUCAUCUUACCGACAGACUUAUUUUACAGCAACACAGUGUCACCAAUUAGUGUGUUUAUACGCUAGAACAUUUGACAUUUAAAUAAAGUUUUACUACUACUACAUGUAGUACUCCCUAAUCUCUCAUGGAAGGAAGCUGUCACUUGCCUGCAGUAACUAGCAUAAUGCUGUUGCAAUAAGUCAGCCAAAAAAUGGCAAAUCUAGAAAACCUAAUGCUCUUAUUUUUUUUGGAAGUCACAUGUGUAACUGACUCGGAAAAAAACCCUGUAAAUGCAAAAGUUUACAAAAAAGAAACAUAAAUGAAAUAAAGUAAAAUAAAACUGCCAAGAAAAUACCUACAUGUAUAAUAUUAUGUACCAGUCAAUUCCAAAGCCACCCAUCCCUGGAUGAAAUUGCCUUGUACAUUUGUGAAACACCUUUUAGGCCAUUUCCAUGGGAUGGUCUAUUUCAAGGAAGUUACAGUUUAAUGGUUUAUACUGUAUGUUGUAGUUCAGUUUAUUUUCUUGGUCAAAUAUUUUUGAACCAGUUCAAAAUUUUUAAUUUAUACUAGUUUAAUUUUUUUUAAAGAAAUGAAUAGGUGUAAAAGCAAAUAAGUGAAACUUUGUAAAAUAUUUUUUAUAGCCACUGCAGGCUUCUACUGUGGUGAUUCUUCAUCCUGGUUCAAUGUCCCUGUGGCUAGGCCGUGCCACAGACCACCUACCCCAAAGUAUUCCUCAUGUUAUUGCCUGGAGGAAGCCUCCUGGUUGUCCUGUGGAUCUCCCUGAUCAAAGUUUGUUGGUCCGAGAAGGAAUUGAUCAUCCUGACAGUGAAACACAAAAAGAAUUGGCACUCAGUGUGAUUGAACAAGCUAUAUGGUCCAGAAAAUCUUCAUCAGGAUCAAGAAAGCAUCAAACUACAGUAUCACAGGUAACUAAUCUCAUUAAAUGGUGACUUUCUUCUCCAAAGGCCUCUUUUUGGCAACUCUUGCCCCAGUAGUUUAAAAGUUGGAUUGUAGUAUUCAUCAGAUAAAUCACUAUGUAGUUGAUAAGUAUCAGGGAAACCAAUAUGCUAUCCACUGGAUAGAGGUUUAUGCAAUGUGUCGCGGUUGGGUUCCCUGAUCUUUUGAAGAGGUAAUGACCAAAGAUCUAAAGUGAACAAAAGUUCUGCAUUUUUGGGGACAAUUGUAUUGUUGAAACAGUGAAAAUUUAUUGGCACAAAUCAAAUCUUGUAACUCUCUAUCAUAGUGAGAAUAAAGGUCGAUGUUCAGAAUGAAUAAUUCAUCGCUACAUAAUGCUUAGCAUUAUCCACAAUUUGAACAACUUGGACCUGGCUUGGAAGUGUGAAAGAGGUUAAGUGAAUAAAGGAAAAGAUAAUGGGAAGGAAAUUAAGGAACCGUCUUGUUGUUCCUCCCAGCUCAGUCAGUUCCCUUCAUGUUUUCUGCUCUGUUUGGAGGUUCUGUGAAGGACAGUCUGAAAACAACAUAAUUCAAGCCAGGUACACUUGAUGUGAAAGUUGCAAAAAGAAUUCUGUUAAUUUUCCUUAACUGCCUUCUACAGUUUUUGCAGAGGUGGAAUUUUGUGUAGAUAUCUAGAAGGGUGUGAGUGAAUUUGGACCAUUACAUGGUUCUGUUUGAAUGUAAUGUCACCAAUGGAUAUUGUUUUUGGUUGUGAGCUUAUUAUUCUUUAAGACUAAUUUAUUAAUUUUGUAGGUUUCAGCUUUUAAUGCUAAAGUUGAACCUGAACUCCAUGUUGAUGAUGAGUCAUCAAUUAAGUGGACAGACACCAGCACAGCUCCACCUAUCAUUGUUGGUGAACCAGUAAGUUUAUCAUGGACCGAGUGGUUUAAUCACACCAAAGGCAAAAACCAUCCAUUUUGCUUGAAAAAAUAACACUGAUAUCCAGGUUAUAUUCAACAUGACUUCCAAAAAUUAAUGGAGGAAUUGAUAGUUAUUCUGGGUAAAGAAAAAGAAAAAAUACAUAAUUUAUUAUGCAAACCGUAUUAUUGGAUUUCCACAUACUAUAAGGCAAACUGUUAUAAUUGGAACAUUUAGAAGAUAAUGGCCAAGCAGCAUUGCAAUACCACUUGCCUUCUUCUACAGCACUAAAUGUACAUGUGGUUGCAUUAAUGUUAUUAUUAUUAUUAUUAUUAUUAUUAUUAUUAUUAUUAUUAUUAUUAUUAUUAUUAUUAUUAUUAUUAUUAUUAUUAUUAUUAUUAUUAUAUCAAAAAACCCAUGUAGUUGCUCAGAAUUUCCCUAUUAUUUUAUACAGAUUAUGUAGUUGCUUUGGUUACAAUUCAUGUACAAUUUUUUUUUACCCACACAGGCUUUGUACAUUCACCCUGGUGAACCAUAUUCUCUUCACUGGCCGAUGAGAGGAGGGCAUCUAAACCUUCAUGAUGGACCAGGGGGGUCUCUUACAGCAGUCUGUGCUGAUCUGGAAACUUUAUGGGCUUAUGCUAUCCAGACACAUCUUGCCAUCCCACUUCGAGAUCUUGGGGUUUGUUUUCCAUGCUGACCUUUAACAAUUUACUAAAUUAAAUACUAUAGGCUCUACGGAAACCAGUGGUUUUGAUACGAACUCAAGCAGUGAAACUGCACAAAAAUUUCAUUCACUUCAAGUAUAGUUUGCACAUGAACAAGAAAUACAUUUUUUGGUCAAAAUUCUUCGUUCUUUAAGCCAAGUACGUGGAACUGAUAACACCUCAGUGGACUGAACUUGUAUCAAAACAACUUGACAGUCUCGAAAUGACUAAAUAUUAUAUUGUAUUAAAAUGACUGGCUCUACUAGCAUCAGUUGUCCAGUUAAUUUUAUAACACCAUUUGCCCCAUAGCAGAAAAUACAGCUGUAUAAGUCAAAACUAUUUCUCUUGUUUUCCUUUUGUGUUACAAUUUAAAGGAAAAAGCAUGGCCUCUAUUAGUGAAAUAGUUAUAAAGGUUCCAGUUAAUCAAGGUUUGAACAAAGACGUGUUGGCUCGGAGUUUUCAGUUAGUAGAAAUAAUUUUUUAUUUGCAGAUGUUAUAAAAUUGAUUUUCUUUUCAUAGUAUUACAGAGUAGUCCUUGUGGUGCCAGACUCUUUUGACAAGAAUCAUAUCAAAGAAAUGAUGAAUAUCUUACUUUGCAAACUUGGUUUUUCUUCUGCCAUCAUCCAUCAGGUUAGAAAGAUUACAAAUGAAAAGAAUAGAAUAGAAUAAUCUUUAUUAUGUUUUUGUCGAUGUACAUGGUUGAUGUUACAGUCUAGUAGAUUUACUUGCAGUAGAAGAUUAAUUAAAGUUAAUGAAAAUAAUGUGGAAGCUAGGAAGCUAAAUGAAGCAGUUGGUUUUCUUGUUUAUAGCUCCCUGAACAAUUUAGGUUCUACAUUUAGGUAGCAGGUAAAAUCAAAACAAAUACAAUGAGCAAAAAAAACAAAGAAGGAAGAACUUUAACAUUCAUGAAGUUUGUUGCUUCCUCAGCAAGAUGAAAAUUUAUUUCAUUUUGUUGUCUGACAGUAGAUAACAUAUAAUUUUCUCUGGAAAUGCAGGCGCACUUGGGUUUUUAAAUGAGUUGAAAGGUCUUUCCAAAUGUCUGUAACCAUAAAAGAGAUCGAUUGUUUGCCUACGUUGGUUCGUACGCUCGGCUUGUAAAUAUUUUCCUUAGCUGUAUAUCUCGGAUUAUAGCCAUGUAUAUACAUUGUAACAAGCAUAUUGAAGUUCAACUACUGUUAUUCAGACAUUUAUUUACUUCUGAAGUGGAAAAUAAACUUAUUUAUCUUCCCCGUUUUCAUGUGACAGGAGUCAGUAUCUUCUGUUUUUGGUUGCGGUUUAAGUGCUGCUUGUGUUGUUGAUGUUGGAGAUGAGAAGACAAGUAUCUGUUGUGUUGAAGAUGGUUUAGUUGUUCCAAGUUCAAGGUAAUGCAAAAAAACACAACUUUAAUUCUCACAAUCGUUAUAGUAUAAACUUUCACGAGGUUCAUUUUUGAUUAUUAGGCUAGUAUCUACUAACCUUAAUUUUUUUCAGUUUAGAUACAGUGUAAAAUAUUAAUGGAAGAGGAGUUAUGUUGGUCAACUAUUUAGACUGAUUUUAACAAACCCAAACCCUUUCUGGAAAACUUUUUUUUGGGGGGGGGGGGGGGGGGGGGGGGGAGGGGGGGGGGGAGCGGGGGGGGGAUCACAAGUCCUAAUUAAUUUUUUUUUUUUAAUUAACCAAAAUUUUUUUUUUUUCAAUACACUAAAAAACAGGAAUUUAAAUUUUAAUAUGUGGGUUUUAGUUGGGAGCAAAGGCACAUCAAGAGCUCUUUUUUUGUACUGUUUUUAACAAUCCCGAAUUCUUUUUGGGAAAUUUUUUUUUUGGGGGGGGGGGGGUUGGUGGUGGGAAGGGUGUGUGGAGCAGGGUGGGGGUAACUAGUCCUAUUUCACUUUUUUUUUUACAUAUGACUAAAUUAUUUUUUCUUCAAGAAACUAAAAAAAUGGUAAUUAAAUUUUUAGAUUGUGGCUUCAGUAUGGAGGAAGAGACAUCACAAGGGCAUUCUUCUGGCUGUUAAGAAGGGUAAGAAGUGUACACAUAAGACAAGUAUAAACCACAGAAACAAAAUAUCAAUUUGUCAGUGCUCCACUUUGGUUGCCAUGGUGAGAAGGAAAAAAGUUGAAAUUGCAAUUCAAGUUGCCUCUAUCAAUUUGGCAAACUGUGUAUGUAUGCUUUGUUGUAGACAUGUGCUAACCCAAACAGUUCUUUAUAGUGUUUAUGGUCUCUUUAAUGAGAAAAAUAUUUAUGCAUGCAUGAAAUUUCAUAAUUUUUAUGGUUUGUAUUUUUUAUAAUUUACUUCUUUCACCCUUCCUGCCUUCAUGUAUUAAGCCUUGAGAUGUUGCUUGAUAGCAACAGUUGGGCAACCAUUUGGAAUAUUUUAUACCUUUUGUUUAAUAUUGCACUCACUAAGUGUCCCUUUUUGUGGCAACCAUUAGAAAGUUUAGGUGACUAAAAGGCAACUUUGAAAACAGUUGAGCUUGUAACACUGUCAUCAGUUUUCAUAACACAUACACAUGCAUGUGUGGCUGUAUGGCUGUAAAAUGAGGAGGGGUGGGGGUGAAGCUGUGUACUCCGUCAUAUACGUGUAAGCUAUAGAUACCUUUUAGUCUGAAACUAGGUAGAGAUUUUUACAAUUUGUGUUCCCUGGAGGCAAGGUCUUGGAGUGGAAAUGUUUCAAUGUUUAUCAUUUUGUUUCCUGCAUGAGAACAGUUCAGUGCUGAAACAUGUUAGGAAAAAAUCACAAAAUGGUUAGGGUUUCACUCACGGAGCAUCCUCCAUAUUCCCAUGCCAAUUUCCAGAUUAAUUCUCACCUGGGUGAUUGUAGGUGGACAUAAAAGAACUUCCAGUCAUAAAGGGAGGUGGGAUAAUGACACUCUACUAAGCUUCAUGUACCCAGAAGCCAAUAAGUUACCUCUUGGGUCAUGUGAAAGUUCAGAGCAAACAUUUAGCAUAGAUGGGUCAUGGUGUCGUGGUGUCAAAAUUUCCUACAACAUAACAAGACUUCUUAUUCUUAAAAUAAAUGUUACUUUUUCAACACUGGUGAGUUACUAUUCCAUUUUGGUCUUGCUAGGUUAGUUUUCCUUACAAGGAGUGUGAUGCCAACAACAGACUUGAUGUCCUUCUUCUCCAUGAACUGAAGGAAACCUUUUGUCAUCUUAGCCAGGUACGAGAUCAGUUAAGUAGUAUAGGGCACCCUGGCUAGACCCUUUUUUGGGCAGAAAUUCCAUUAAUUCUUUCUUGCAGGAAGCACGAUUUUUUUACUCUCCCUUCUACCUUUUUAUUUUUCCACAUUUUUUUGUUUUCCCUCAACCACCACCACAUUUUUAUUGUUUUCCCACUAUCACUACCACUAUUCUACUAUUUCCCCUCUCCUCUACCACCGCCACUUCUUUCCUACUGUUUUCUCUCCACCACCACAGACAACCUGUUCUAUUGUUUUCUUUUCAACCACCACCAUUAUUUUACGAUUAGUAGUUACUUUCAGCUCAAUUUUGUAUGCAUUAAUCCCCUGGGCCUAGUUGUUUGAAAGGAGGAUAACGCUUCCACUGGGUCAAUCACUAUAAAGUGGAUGACACAAUUGGUUUCCCUAAUAAUAUAUAUCCGCUGGAUAGUGAGUUAUACGGUGGAUAAUGCUAUAAUCUAAUUCGUACCUGAAGUGCUCAUAAUCUAGUGUAAUCUUGUGAUGAUUUUCCUCGACCCCAGGAUAUUGUUGGUGGACAAGUUCACGAGUUUCAAGUUCAUCGACCUUUUGAUACUCCACGCUCGUAUCAGUUAAAGAUUGGUGAUGAAGCUAUUGAGGCACCUAUGGUAAAACAAGCUUGUUUAUGUUUUUCCGAAAAGAUAUAAUUUAAUUGUCAUUUGGAAGGAGGUUAGUUCCUAAAGGAACUUUUGACUACUGUGCAAAGUGGUUUCAAUUUUCAGGGAUAGUCUGUGACCAUUCAAUAAUAUUUGAUGAAGAAGAACUUGCUUGCAGUGAUGUUUAUUAUGCUGUGCAUUGAGGAUUUUGUUUUUAUAUACAUAGAUGAAAUCCCCAGUGUGAUCAUUUCACCGACAACUACAAGAAGUUGUCCCUGUGAAUUUGUUUAAAAUAUGCCGAUCAAGAUGGUCCCUUCUUGUCUCUAGUGAAAGAAAAUUUCCAACGCAAGCUGGAAACAAACAAUCUUGCUUAAUAAAUGACCACUGUUUGUGUUAAUUAUUAUACAUUGACUUCCUUAAGGUUUAGUUUCGUUUACUUUUUUGUUUGUUUUUUUUAUCAACAGGGAAUGUUUUUUCCUCAAUUGUUUGGUAUUGUUGGUGAAAAGCUUGUUUACACAAAAGAUCAUCAAUAUGAUGACCCAGAAGAUCUGUACGAUGACAGAUACUUGCUUGAGGUUAGAACGUGCCCUCGAAAGGGUGAUACACUUUUCUUUUUUCAGAAUUUGUAGACGUAGAGUGUUUUUUGGCUGUCAUUGGUUUCAUAGCAUUCUUUUUGAGUGAUUCUCUACCUCAGUAACUGUUUUGAUUAUUGUUCAUGCUAAGAGUCCCGUGCUAACUCUGUAGGCCAUUUUCGAGUUACCUCAAGCCUCUGUGUCAAAGUGAGGCUAAAUGCAAGCCAUCGAUGUGAAAAGAAAUAUAUAUGUUUUAUUUUCAUGGAAAUAAAACUCUUUUUCACAAAAAAGGUUUUGAAAGUGAAACUUUUUGGAACUCGGAAAAUAAUGGUCUCUUGAAUACCAAUUUGCCUGUCUUCAGAAAAACAUGUGUAAACGUUCGUAAUAUCGAUAGAAUGUACUUAGUAAUUUCCCGUGCUUUGCGGUUCCUAGUCACAGAGAACCCAGGAUCAAUCCAGCAAAUCUGGGGGUUCCAAAGCCGGACCAAAUAUCGAGCUAGUCCCAGAACAUGAUCAGGACAUUGCAGCCGUCAUAAAGACUGGUAACAAAGACAUGAAGCUUGUUUCGGAGAAAAGCUUGGGUCUAGACCAAGCAAUCCUACAUAGCAUCAAUUGCUGUGGUAAGUAACACUUCUUUAAUCAAUAUUUCGGCAGUACAUUUUUCGUUUAAUAAAAAUUCCAUCCGUUCAUCGGCGCCAUAUGCCAAAGUUAAACUUUUUAUUUUUCACAGCAACUGAAGAAACUAAACGAAAGAUGUACAGCUCUGUUCUACUGAUAGGAGGUGGUUUCAUGUUUAAUGGCGCGGCGAACAUGUUACAGUCUAGACUACAAGCUAAGCUGCCUACACCUCAUCGCAAACUUGUAGAUCAGGUUGAAGUGAUUGCUAGACCCAAGGUACGUUUUUUUUUGGUCUUGUUUAAAACAAUUUUCCACCGUGAAAGCAGUAGAAGUGAAUCACAACGCGAAUGUGUAUUGUAGAUCUCCAGACGAAUUGAAAUGGGUUGAGAUGAGAUAAGGUAUGGCGUGUUUACUAUACAAACGUUCUGAGAAGAGGGCAAAAGAUCGGCUGGAGAGACCAUGCCACGCUUGAGAGGAUCUAUGCGAGACUAACAGCUCUAUCUUUGAGACUCAAGCAAAAGCGUCUCCAAUUUGCUGGUCAUUGCUAUUGGGCAGAUAAAGAAAUAACCUCCUCCUCUGGAGUGCAUUCACGCAAGCUAACAUAGUACCUCGAAGUGAUUGUGAGGGAUUCAGGGCUUGAUACUAGGGAACUGAUUACAGCGAUUGCGAAUCGUAGUGUUGGAAAGAAAUCUCCAUGAGUGUCCCGACCACUCCGGUGGUCGAAGGAUGAUGAUAAGGGCGUUUUCUACGACAGUCUCGGGAGAGGCAGUCGGCCUAUCUAACAACAGACGGAUGAGGAAACCUUUUAGUACAUACAGGUAGCGUAACUUCCCAUUGCUUAAUUAUACUUUGUCAUUUCUCUUUAACAGGAGAUGGAUCCUCGGACAAUUUGUUGGAAAGGUGGUGCGGUUCUAAGUAUUCUCGACUCUGCUCAAGAAUUGUGGAUCAGCCAACGGGAGUGGAUCACUAUUGGAGUUAGGGUGCUAAGGGAAAGGUCACCCUUUAUUUGGACAAUCUGCAGUUAGUGCUAGUGUGUCAGAGUCCAAAUGGCGGCCACCGAAAACAAUAGUGAUACAAUGUAUAAAGUAACCUGCCACAGAAUAAAGGAGUACUGACCUCAAGCUUUUGGGACCAUCAGAGGCUUAAAAAAUUAUCGAAAGUUAAUUUGUUAACUUGAUCGUGGAACAGAAGUACCUCUACAUACAAAGUGGAAUAGACCUUUUUAGCUUGUAGGUUUUCUUUUCUCAGUUCAGAGCACGCUUCUCUUCAUUAGGUAUGCUCGCAAAUGGACGUGAAUAGCGCGGUAUUUGUAAGAAACAGUUCUCUCGGUUAACAUCACAUGGUCUGCAUUGGGAAAUUUAAAAAAACAUACUAGC